UAUAACUACAAAAAUAUAUCCGUAGUUAAAUUUAAUAAGCUUUAUUAUAAUAAGUUUUAAUUUAUUGGCGUUGUCGAUAAAGAUAUGUAAGAAAUGCGGGUCAUUUUACGCGAUAACAGUCUUUUAAAUCGUCAUAUCUUCAUUUUAAUCUAUCAAAAGACACGUAGAGAGUAAGAGUAAGAGUAAGAGUAAGAGUAGUCAUUAGUCAUUACUGACUUUGCCUUGAAAGCUCUUAUUUUAUUUCUUCUAAUUUAUUGAAAUUAAAAUCAUAGUUAGUGACUAAGGAUGUGAUCGUUUAGAGUGACAGUAUGUACAUUUCGACAUUGAAUUUUUUUAUCUGAUAAACAUAGAUAGACAGUCAGGAGUGGCUUGAUAUGAUAAGCGAUCGAGUGUCCCUAUACCAAACUUUUAGUUGCUUAAAUAAUAUAAAUCAUAUUUUAAUGUUUAAAAUAAUAAAUCUGGAUUGAUUAAUUGAGGAAUGUCUUCUUCUUCUUUGGGCAUUAUUAAUGAUGCCUGCAUCAGCUUUGAUAACAACGGACAAGGCAAACUUUUGCCAAGAAAAAAAAAUGAUAAAUACAGUUCAACAUACGUACAACACAAUCGCUUAUCAAGAUAUACCACCGCACUUGCUAAUUGUGUACCUGUGAGGUUUAAAAAAAUUCCAGGAUCAGAAAUUCCCUUGGAUAAAAUUGGAUUGCUGUCAAGUGUUUCUUUUAGUUGGAUUAAUGAAUAUAUUAAAGUCGGGUAUAAAAAUGGAUUACGUGAUAAACCAUUGCCUAGUAUAUCAACACAAGAAUCAUGUAAAGUUAAUGGAUCCAGGAUAGAUACAUUAUGGCAUAACCAUGUAGUAGAACGAGGACAAGCAGGCGCAUCAGUACCAAGAAUUGCAUGGCAUUUUGUAAAAACUCGAGUACUUGUCAGUUCUUUCAUAUACUUCUUGGGAAUGUUAAUAUCACUCACCAGUCCGAUAAUAGUGUUGCAAAAAAUAAUAACAGCAACCGAGGACCGAGUGAACAUGACAAGUACACUAGGCAAAAAUACAACCACAAGCAUUAACUCGACAAGCGCCAACAAUACUUUCAGAAACAUAUCUCAAAAUUUAAAACAUGAAAUAAUAAUGGACCAAGUGAUAAUUUUCAGUCAUAUUGGUAUUUUAAUAUCAGCUGAAAUUGUUUCUUACUUUUUAAUUGCAUGGAGCGCUUCAUUGAAUCUUAGAACAGCAACGCGGCUAAGAUCUGCUUGUUUAACUUUAGCAUACAAAAAACUUAUAAAAUCGUCAAUUCGAUUCAACGCUCCAGUUCAUCAGACAUUAACAUAUUUUGUACCAGACAGUAAAACUCUGUACGAAUUGAUAACAAAUGGACCGCUGAUAUUCUCCGGGCCUGUGAUAUUAUUGAUAUCUUCUCUGUACAUCUGGUACUCAAUGGGCCACUGGGCGUUGAUAGGAAUUGCAGCUCUGAUUAUUUUGUACCUCAGCUUGAUAUUCAACGCUUAUUUGACAAAUAUUUUCGCAACGCGCGCAAUGAAUUACUCACUGCGCCGGUUGUUAUUACUUGAAGAAUUUAUAAAUAAAAUUUAUUUAGCGAAAAUUACCCAGUGGGACCGGUGCUUUGUCUCGCGGAUUCACGGAGUGCGUAAAAAAGAACUGGGAGAAUUAAAAAUGGGAGCUCUAAGCGAGGGCUGUAGUCUUUGCAUGGUCCAUAUAAUUCCAAUUGUCACUGUUAGUGCCAUGACAAUGGCUUACUUGCUUACUCAUCAGCAAAUUGUCUCCACCAAUUACAUUCCAUGUCUGAUUUUGAUCCUAAUUAAUUUAAAACACUGCGUAAGAAGCAGUUGGUUAGCAAUGAGCAGUAUUUCACAUGGAUUGGCUUCAUUAAACAAAUUAAAAACUGUUUUGGUAUUAAAAGACACUGAUCGUUAUACUGACAAGCCUAUUGAUAAAAAUUAUGUAAUUACUAUUAAUUCUGGACACUUUUCCUGGGAUUAUAAUAAUGAUAAACGUCAGACGUUUUAUUCCGUAGAAAAUGACAAUCUCCAAGUAGGCCCAGCAUUGAAAGCAUCAUUGUCACCAGAGCUGAUAGACAUAAAUUUCUACGUUCCAAAAGGAAAAUUAAUAGGAGUAUGCGGCGAUUCCGGAAGCGGAAAGUCAUCUUUGCUCCUCGCAAUAAUGGGCCAGUUGAAUCGCAACAAUGGUCAAGUGACUAUCGACGGAAGUAUGUCAUAUGUCCCAGAAGAUUUCCACUUAUUUGAGGGAACUUUGAAGGAAAACAUAGUGAUGAAUGAACCGUUCGAUUCUUCAUGGUACUAUAAAACCGUGCAAGCUUGCAAUUUGACUACAGAUAUCAGUUUGCUCCCAGGUUCGGAUGAUACAGACGUCUACACAGUAGACCUCUCGAUGGUUCAGAAGCAGAAAAUAGCAUUGGCUCGCGCUGUUUAUAUCAAUUGCGACAUCAAUCUGCUGGACAAUCCACUAAAAGAUUUGGAUAUGAUAGAAAGUCUGGAAAUUUUUCACAAAGCUAUUGUUCAAGUUCUUACGCUUAAGAGCGUUGUGAUAAUUACUGAUAAAGUCCAAUUUUUAGAGAGGUGCGAUGUGAUCUAUAUGAUAAAAAAUGGAAAAAUAGUCGAGCAUGGCAAGCACGAGGACCUUUGUCAGUGGAACAAAGAGUACGAUGACCUAAUAAAAUCAUUUGACAAAAAGUAUCGCGGUAAUUCGCAAUUACUUGUUGAUUCUACAAUUAAAAGUAAACGGCUCACUUCGACAGCUGUUUCUUCGAGCAAUAUUAAUUUAAUAUUUAAUAGAGAAGAAACUGAGUUUGAUAUUACAAAAGGAGUUUAUGGAGUUCAAGCUAUAGAUUAUAGAGUCGGUGGAAAAUAUCUCAGUGAAUUUGUUUGUGCAAUGGCUUUGCUUUAUUCUAUUCCAAUCGCUGCUAGUCCUUUAAUUUUUUUUUACAUAUCUCAGGAAACUCUGGUUGAUACUACACUUAUUUCUAUUAUAUUGGCAUCAAUUGUGGGAUUUAUUAUUUUAUUAGGACUUAUUUUGAUGAUUAUUUACAAUAGGGAAAUAUUCAAUGCAGCUAAAAAAAUGCAUGAGAGGUGGCUAAAAAAAAUAAACCGUGCCCACAUAUCAAUAUUCUCAUCAGUGUUCCCUUCAGCACUGAUAAACAUAUGCAGUCAUGAUUUACAAGAAGUGGACCAUACAUUACCAAAAUUAAAAAUAACAAUACUUAUGCACUUCGGAAUUAUUUUAUUCACCAUAACAAUUCUUGGGAUAAUUUUUCCUUGGUUAUUAUUACCGAUGUCAAUAUUUGUUUGUGUAAUAAUAAUUUAUCAAUUAUAUUUACGUCGAUUGAUCCUUGCGCUAAAUGAAUCAAGAAUAGACUCGAUCACGCCGAUUUACAAUCACGUUGUCAACACUGUGAAUGAAAGAGCGACGAUUCAGGCGUACAGGAAAGAAAGAGAAUUUGUUAAAAAAUUUAAUAAAUUCUGCGACGCUAAUGCUACUUAUGAUUUCAUGAUCAAGGCAACCAAGUUAUGGAUAGAAUUUAGGAUUAAAUUUAUUUCAGCAAUUACUCUGGCUGUGGUAAUUGUUAUUUGCGCGGUUGUUAAUGGUGUUAAAGAUCGCUAUCAAGUAUUGGGAUUGGCUUUUAUUUGUACGAUUCAAUUGACGCAAAGUAUUGUCCAUCUUACCGCAGCAAUUAUUGAUGCCUACGGCAGUCUUAUGACUGUUGGUUACAUUGAUAAUUAUAUUCAGAAUAUUCCACAGGAGACAAAAGAUAGUAUCGAUAGGCGUGAGUGGCCGCUGAUACCAAGUAUUCAUUUUCAAAAUGUACUGUUAAUUAAUUCAACAGAUCAUGAGCCAUUGAAUUUUUCUAUUUAUGCUGGAGAGAAAGUUGCAAUUCGUGGUAGCAGUACAGAAAUAAAGAGCCACUUAGUAAAAGUAUUGCUGCAAUUUGACGAAGUUUUUUCCGGAAAUAUUUUAAUAGGAAAUUUAAAUAUCGUUGAUAUAAACAUCGACGUAGUGAGACAAUAUGUAGAUUAUAUACCCAGAGUACCUAUUCUUUUUAAUGGUACCAUAAAGUACAAUUUAGAAUCACAUAAUCGUCGUACUGACAAAGAAAUAAUCGAUGCGUUACAAAAAGUAUUUCUUUGGGAAAAAAUAUCUAAAUUGGACAAUAAGUUGGAGAGCAAUGCAAGUAAUUUAUUCAGUGUGACUGAAAAAAAAUUACUAUCACUUGCGCGUAUUUAUUUAAACUCCACAGUCUUCAAUCGAAGUAUAAUAAUUAUUGAAGAUUUGGAGCCAGACGCUGAGUUGAUAAAUAAUAUUUUACAAGACGUGUUUAAAGAUUUUACAGUAAUUGUGUUAUCGAGUUCAUCCAAUUGGAAUGCUCAGCGUAUUAUUAAGUUACAAUAUUCAAAGGAAACAGGAGCGUUAAAGUCUAACAAUUUAUUGGCUUGUACAAAAAAAUAAAUUGAAAUUUACAUAUUCUAUCAACAAUUAGAACUAAUUAGAAUUAAUAUUAAUAUUAAAUAAAAUAUAAUAU